UGGUCUCGGCUGUCGAGAUCGGUUUGAAACGAGGAUCGUUGUAUUGAAGCGGGUACAUUGUCACUCUAUUGUUGAUCAACCGUUAACAACGCUAAAGUACUAUGGUCAUUACAGAGAAGACUACGCUCCCUUCGGACGAGGAAUUAACAGUCCAGGAAAUAAAUGUUAGCUGGCCGCUUUUGCAAGCUGCCUCCUUUUAUAUCGGAAAGAAAUGCGAAUGGGACAAUAAUGAGUUUAUGCUAUGUAAACAAGAGACGAAAGAUCCACGUAAAUGCAUUCAAGAAGGGAAAAAUGUAACAGCCUGUGCGUUAGGGGUAUUCCAAGGUAUAAAAAAACAUUGCCUAGACGACUUCAAUAAGUAUGUGAGAUGCCUGGAACGAUCUUCUGGCACUUUGGAUAUGUCUUUUUGCAGGAAGACACAAGCAGCAUUAGACAAUUGCGUUCUAACGAACUUGAAUAUAGAACGACCGCCUUUUGGAUACUUUUGCGAGGCGAAAGUUCACGAUUCACCGAGACCAAAGCCAGAAGUAUAUGUUUUUAUAGUCAACGCCGUACGUACAGCGGGCUUGAGGGGAAUUGAAGUCACUAUAAUAUUUGUAUUUGUUCCAUGGAGAAUCGGGAAUGUAUACAAAUGUACAUGA